GAGAACGAAUGAACAAAGUUUAUUUUACAUUGUCUAUUUCUCCGAUCUUUGUAAUAGCAGCUGAUCUGUGCAGCUGAUCUACAUUCAUCGUAUUUAUUGUAAUAAAGUUAUUUCCUGCUCAAUCUGUGAAAAUAAGUUAAAAAGUUGUUUUUCCUCUUGAUGUUCUGUAUUGGUUUUAUAAUCCGUUUCUCACUUAUUUCUAUAUAGCUUACAAAAAGUUCAUAAACCGUAGUACGUCAUCACUACACAUAUCUUUUGCAGUAUUAAACCUGUUGCAGUGAAUGCAAGACAAAGAAACUAUUUAAGUAUGGGAGUAGUUUAAAAGCAUUUUAUCUGUGUAAGUUAUUAUAAGAAAAUUUUCCAGCAGACACGGUAAGCUUUAACACAUUGUGAUAUUUAUUGGAGGCCUUGAAUUUAAUCUAUUAUCAGAGUCAAUUAAGACACUUUUAAAAUGUCACGCCUAGAUAACAUGGACACAUUGGAAAAGCAAUUAGCUGACUUACAAAUGGCAACUGUCACCAAUACGACAGGAAAAAUGAAAAAAGUACCUCCAGCUGUACCACCCAAAAGGAAAGCUCAACCUCAAGUUCCUUAUAGCACGCUGAUCACUAAUGUACAAGAGCCAUCAUAUUCGAAGAUGAUAUCACCUCUAAAACACGAUUCGCCGUCUUACAACAGCCCUCCUGAAAACAAUCGUAAUGCAUUCUAUGCUAAUAUAAAUAAUUUUGAUGUUAAUCCUAAUCAUUCACAGAGAUGUACGAAUCCGAUGAUAUCUGUAAGUAGAAAUGUCACAUAUGGAAAUAUACCUGAAUUUCGCAGAAGUGAUGAUGAUUUACCACCUCCACCACCUCCACCGCCUUCAGCCUUAAUUUUAUCUCAGGUAAAGCCUUACACUAGUGAUCAAUUAAAUGACAAUUUUAUACCACCACCGUCACCAGUCAGUUCUAACUACAGUGAAUUAGUACGUGCCACUGCUAACUUGAGUUUCAAUCAAGAUCGUUCUUUUCUUCCGACAUAUCAAAAUGAAUAUGCAGAUUAUGGAAUUUCACAGGCAUCAACAUAUGAAUCGCUUUACGAACCAAUUAACCCACAUCCACCCUCAAAAAAUUCUAAACUGUUAUCAAAUAAUUCAGCACCAAAUUAUCUAAAUAACAAUACACCCAAUUCAAACAAAAAUUUACAUAAAGAAGAAGAGGUUGAUGCUCUUACCAAUCUUUUGGUACAAUCCAUAACAGAUAGCCAAGAUUUGGAUGUAUUUGGUAUAUGUAUAAAAUGCAAUGAAAAAGUCAUUGGUGAAGGUUCGGGGUGCACUGCUAUGGGUAACAUGUAUCAUGUAAAAUGCUUUGCAUGUUACCAAUGCAAUGUAAAUUUACAAGGUAAAACAUUUCAUGCUGUUGAGGGACAACCAUAUUGUGAAAAAGAUUACUAUGAAAGUUUAGAAAAAUGUUCAGUGUGUAACCAACCUAUUCUUGAUAGAAUUUUACGAGCUACUGGUAAUCCAUAUCAUCCUUCUUGCUUCACAUGCAUUGUUUGCGGCAAAAGUCUCGAUGGAAUACCUUUCACGGUUGAUGCAAUGAAUCAAAUUCAUUGCAUUGAAGAUUUUCAUCGUAAAUUUGCACCUCGUUGUUGCGUGUGUGAGCUACCGAUAAUGCCCGAAAAUGGAGAAGAAGAAACAGUUAGGGUUGUGGCCUUAGACCGCAGUUUCCACGUACGUUGUUAUUGCUGUGAAGACUGUGGUCUCCUAUUAUCGUCGGAAGCUGAAGGUCGCGGUUGCUACCCCUUAGACGACCACAUUCUUUGCAAAGAAUGUAAUGCUCAUCGCAUACGUCUUCUUACGAACGUUAUGACUACUGAUCUUUAAAAUGUAACUUUAUUUAUUUUGAUUCUUUAGAAAUAGAUUUUUCUGAUAAUAUAACCAAUAUGUAUAUGAAUUAAUAUUCAUUACUGUUUCAUAUAAUAAUAUUAAAUUUUACAAACGUAAAAUGUUCUAGCUGACACAUCAAUCUACCAGUGCUGCUAACUCUGUUGAGUUAGGCUAAUUCUAAACUCUAUUUAAAAUUUAUAAGCUGAAAUAACGAAUUUAACUGUUUAACUCUUUUUUAAAAAGCUCUAAUCGUAAAAAUACAAACCAGUUUUCCCUUUUCUAAUAUACUCACUCCGAUUUCUAUAUUGAGUCCAUUACUUUACACACAUUUCAGCCUAUAUUCAUAAGUUGUUAAAAUGAUAACUGACACAUAAGUGUUCUUAAUGUCAAUGAUUAUCUUAUUAGAUUUUCAGGAUAACGUGAAAUAUAGAGGCGCUGUACAGUUAUUUUGCGAAGUAUGAUUUUUUCAUUGGAAACGCUAUAAGUUCAAAUAUUUCUAAUGUAGGUAAACUCUUCUUGACGAGAAUUAUAAAUAUAAAAGAGUCCACAAUACCUUGUAAAUUGUCUAGUGAGAAUUGGAUUAUUAGAUUAACUAAAUGUACAUACAACUUUAACGUGUAUAAUAAUUAAAUUAAAUUAAUAUUUCGUUUUUUAUAGUGACUCUUCAAUUUUUUUCUGAAUUCAGUGUUGGCAGCUCAGCUUAUAAAUAUAUCGUAUCCUUUUAUUAAUUAAAUAAAACAUUUAAUGGCAGGAAAACAUUUAAGUACUCUGUGAGACAAUGAUCAGUGCCAUUUAAAAGAUCAAAUCUUCGAUCAUCGGAACAUUUAAAUUUUUGUUCCCUCAAACUUUUAUUUAAAGACCUUAAUCAUUAAUUACAAUACUUAUACUAUAUAAUAUACUAUAAUAACUUUCUCUUUAUUUUAUCAAAAGAUUUUUUUACUAAAGAUACUAGUCGACUUUAUAUUUGUAGUUUGGAUAUUAAUCUAUUGAAAUUCUAAAUGUUUUAAAUAUUUAUUUUACACACAUAAUACAUAUAAUGUAUUUAAAAUAUAACGAAUUAGAAAUGCAUUUCAAAUGCAGUAAAAAGAUUUUUAUAAUCAUAUUUAUUAGUUUCCAAUACUUGUAGGUAUUUUAAUACCUAUAAUACCUAAGCAUUAAGAUAUAUUUAAAAGUUGUAAUUUAUUUUUGUUAUUAAUUAAUGUAAUCUGUAUACUUAAACUAGUAUUUAAUAUAUCCUGCGUUUCUUAACGUAUAUUCAUCAUGCUUACAUAAUAUAUACAAAUUACUUAAAAAUGUUUGUAAAUAUUACUUUAUCAACAAUAUUUUUACUGUUAAAAAAAAUAAUGGGGUAGCUUAUUAGUUUGUAAGUUAUUGUCUUUCUAUUUUGUUUUAAAUACUGUAGCAUUUUUAAUUUUAAUUUGUCGAAAUUAUAAAGGAAGGGAGUAAAUAGAUAUCAAGUUUGUUUGAAGUAUUCUGCCUCAAUUGUAUGGGAUUGUAAUGUCAAAUUAUAAUUGUGUUAGUGCAUUCUUAACAUAGAUUAUAUUAAGACGGUGCCGAAAACAAACCACUUAUAUAAAAUUGUUUAUGAAGAAAAAAUAAAAUUACUUCAGGGACGGUUAACAGAUUUAAAUAAACUUCAUGUGAAUUCGAGUGCAAAUUUUCUGAAAUGAUUUUAACAGAUUUCUAAUGAAAUAUUUGAAGUUUAAUAAGAGCCUUAGCAGUUUUUAUAAUUAUUGCCAUGUUAGUUUUAUAAAAAAACUAUUUUGUUUUAAAGAAAAGGAAACUUUCAGUCAAAUAAAAAAUACAAGACAUAUUUAUGUUAUGGUGGAAAACAAAGCAUCGCGUAUUUUCCUAUGAUUUGAAGUCAGUUCAGAAAUAAAGAUCAAAUUAAUUGUAAUUUAUAAAGUGUGAUCAUAAUAUUUUAUUUACCAAUGAUCAUACUCGGGACCAGAAUUUUCCAUAUUGAUAUAUGAAAGCUACCUCUAAAAUAAAAUGGUGCACCACAGUCUAUCUAUUUUAGUCAAGGGGCAGACGUAAUGACUACCUUCGUUAAGCGUUAAGUGUACUCUUAUCCAAUUGUUAUUUAUUAUUAUUAGGUAUGUAUUCAUAAUAAUGUAUACUCUAUAAGAUACAUGAG